AUGGCUGCCCAGCCGAUUGAAAAUGUCGCCACUCAGCCGCAUACCUCCAGCAGAAUUGCUCCAGAGACGCUUUCCGUUGCCAGCUCGUUAUCACUGAGCUCUACCGAGUCGCCGGGAGGACGAAGGGCAGCGAAUCCAGUGGGUGGUGGCGUUACAGCGGGGGAGGAUUUGGAUAUGUCUCCUGGAAAUCAUCCAUUGGAGAACAAUGCAUCUCGGUCAGGAGCCCCAGCCGUUGAAGAAUCUCUUGAACAACGCAUCGAUCGACUUGGAAGACAGCGCCCGGAAGUGUUCGACUCAGUCUGGGCAGAAAUAGGAUUCGUCUUUUCUAUCUGUAUGGCACAAGUGCUCACAGAGUAUUUCGUGUCCGGAUUUACAGUCAUCCUUCCGACCUUAACUUCGGACCUCAACAUUGCUCAGGCUUCCGUUACGUGGCCUGCGAGUGCUUUCUCUUUGACCGUGGCCUCUUUUCUCCUCAUUUUCGGAAGAGCUGCUGAUAUGGUCGGUGGAUAUGUGGUAUACGCAAUCGGCCUCGCUUGGCUCACCCUCUGGAGUUUGAUUGCGGGAUUCUCAGUCAAUGAGUACAUGCUCAAUUUCUGUCGUGCUUUCCAAGGGCUUGGACCGGCAGCAUAUUUACCGGCGAGCAUAAUGAUCCUCGGUAGCACCUAUCGUCCCGGUCCACGCAAGAAUCUGGUUUUCAGCAUUUAUGGAGCAUGUGCAGCACUCGGUUUUUUUACUGGAAUCUUCUUCGCUGGAUUGACCGCGGAAUUUACCACGUGGGGAUGGUACUUUUGGAUUGGUACUCUGUUGACAGCUCUCACUUUUGUCACAUCCGUUUUGUGUAUUCCAUCAGAUUAUAAGGCGAAGCGACGAGCAGAAGAUCGGCCCCCAAUGGAUUGGUUAGGCGCGAUUCUCAGUGUUUGCGGUCUAAUUCUAUUCACCUUCGCCAUAAUCGAUUCGGCACACGCGCCGCAAGGAUGGAGAACGCCUUAUAUCUACGCCCUCUUUGUUGUGGGUUGUCUAUUUAUCAUGGCUACGAUAUACGUUGAGGGUUGGGUUGCCGAGCAUCCUCUUCUUCCAUCCUCCAUCUUCAAAGUACCGUACAUGCCAGCUUUCAUGGUCGCCCUCCUUUUCACUUACGGGUCGCUUGGAAUCUUUCUCCUCUACGCCACGUUCUAUGUUCAGGACAUCAUGGGCGCGUCGCCGCUUCAAGUCGUUGCUUGGUACACGCCAAUGGCCCUCGGAGGUUGCAUUAUCUCUACGGUCGGAGGCUUCGUUCUCCAUCGAAUUCCUGGGACAAUGCUCGUUAUCCUUGCUGGUACUUCAUGGAUUAUCGCCCCCCUUUUGUUCGCCAUUGCGCCGCUGGGAGCCAAUUAUUGGGCAUACAUUUUCCCUUCCAUGAUCUGCGCAACAGUUGGUAUCGAUAUCACGUUCAAUGUGGCGAACAUCUUUACAACUACUUCCCUUCCGCAAAGACAACAAGGCCUAGCUGGAGGUGUUAUAAUGUUAUUAUUGCAUCUAGGGAUAGCUGUCUACUUAGGCUUCGCCGAUAUUGUUCAAGUAUACACCCGUAGAAGUCUUACCCUACAGAAAAGCUACCAAGCGACUUUCUGGUUCGAAGUCGCCUGUGCUGCAGUUGCACUUGUCAUUUUAGUAUUGUUUGUCAAAAUUCCAAAGGCCAAAUCUGAUCUUACUUUUGAAGAAAGAGCGGAAAUGGAAGCGGCUGCGGUGGCUGCUGCUGAGGAACCGAAAGCGGAUCCCGCUUGA